AUGGCGAAUCUGAUCGCAAGACACCUGCGUACUGGAGAAGUCGCAUCGCGACAGUUCUUUCUGCGCUGUCCAGGCUGUACCAAUGACCGGUGCUCAAAGGUGCGCCACUUCAUCGCAGGUGAGGCAGAGCGUCUGCGGACGUGGACUCGAUCUCAGGCCUUCCGUGAUAUCGCUGCCAAAAUCACCACUUAUAACAGGGCCCUGUAG